AUGAAGGUGGGCGAGUGCAGACGACCUUUCACCUUGUGAGUGGUGCCUAGUGCAGAGGUGUGUGUGUGACCCUGCCACGACACUGACGUCACUGUGUCCACACAACCUUUAGAAAACGUAGAGGUUAUCCCUCUCUCAUAGCACUCUAUCUCCUCAAUUCACUCUGUUUGCCCAGGAAAAGACCAGGCUAGAAGAGAGCAAUGUUGUUUUUUAUCAACUGUUCUCCCAGUCCACUUUAAAUGUGGUGGAAGGAGACAUAAAUAAAAUCGUAUGGACAACGAGCUGUUUUGGGGUUUUGAAGCUGCAUUGUAUUAACACAGCCAGAGGCUGCACUUUAUUUUACUCAAGGCAGGCACAACAUCAGAUGAGAUGUACUCCAAAAUUAUGUUAUUAACCAGACAGUGAACAAAGUCAAUAUCCUUUUGCCAUCAUGUUUCUUUUUGCUUGACUGCUGACUCAAGGAGCCUACUCCAGGUAUGUUCUCUGUCCUCUGGCUUUCUUUACCCCAGUCUUAAAUGUGGGUCCCAGUCAUGGAGCCAUCCUGUGUUAGCUGUGGCUGUGUUCCUGUGUUAAAGCAGAAUGAGUGUGGUCAGUGCUGAGCGUGUUUAUUGCACCUGUGUGUUCUGUCUCUCACGGCUGGUGGAGUGUGGGGUUAAUGAGGCGCUUAGGAUCCACCCACCUGGUUGGCUGGUUCAUGGUGAUGGUUAGGAAAACACGGGGGGUGGGGGGGGUUUCCCACAGUCAAAUUGUGCAAAGAUGUGUUUUCUCUCUGUAGCUGUCAUUGUAUCAUUAGACAAUAUGUAUAGAUUUUGUUUUGUGGGUAGCGCCAGUCGAUCUGAAACUGUUCAUGUCUGUAGUCUGACAAACCGUGCAAAUGACCCUCUCCUCUCCUUUCCUUCUCUCCCCUUCUCCAGGCUGCUGAAUAGAAUGGCUGCUGAUGAUCGGCACCUGCCCUCCAGCUGUGGGUCCUACAUCAAGACGGAGCCGUCCAGCCCCUCCUCAGUCAUCGACACGGUCAGCCACCACAGCCCCAGCGGCAACUCGGACGCCAGCGGCGGCUAUGUCAGCGCCAUGAACAGCCACUCCAACGGCCUGGACUCUCCGCCGAUGUUCACGCCCGGCGGGCUGGGCCCCGGUGCCUGCCGCAAGCGAUAUGACGACUGCUCUAGCACCAUCAUGGAGGACUCGCCCAUUAAGUGCGAAUACAUGUUGAACUCCAUCCCCAAGAGGCUGUGCCUGGUCUGUGGAGAUAUAGCCUCUGGGUAUCACUACGGCGUGGCCUCCUGUGAGGCCUGCAAAGCCUUCUUUAAAAGGACAAUACAAGGUAUUUCCCUCACGCCCCCCACAGACGCACAAACACACUCAGUACAAGGGAUCUGCCCCACUUGCAGACAGAACAAUACACUCCAUACAGGGUUUUACCUCUCCUCCUCCAGCAUAAAACACACACUAGAAGAUGUACUGUAUCUCCCUGUGGUGCUCCGAACACAAUCACCUACUGCCCUAAACUACUAUCUCAUAAUGUAGCUGUGUUCAUUUACAUAAUUUCCCUUUAUCUCCCUGGGAAAAGGUAUAUGUUUGAAAGGCUGGUGCCUCCAUUUGUGCUGCUAUCAAUGGCCUACAUUGCUAUGACACCCAGGGGACCUUCAUUAAUAGUGAGGGGAAUCACAUGCAGUGCAGCACAGUAUGAGACAACAGAUGUCCACAGGGGCUACAUACACAAUGGACAGCCACACACAGGACAGGCCACUAGCCCGUCGCUCGCGAUGACAUCAUCUGCUGGGUAGGUAGGGGCAGUGGUCGUGACAUCAUCAUCAGGGGGCAGGUUUGGUGGGAGUGGUUGUGCUGUUUGACUAGAAGACUGUGGGGGUGGGGUCCAAAGCAGGUGCUUGAUUAUUCCUGUCCUGUGUGUGUUUGUGUGUUUGUGUUUGUGUGUGUGUGUGUGUGUGUGUGUGUGUGUGUGUGUGUGUGUGUGUGUGUGUGUGUGUGUGUGUGUGUGUGUGUGUGUGUGUGUGUGUGUGUGUGUGUGUGUGUGUGUGUGUGGAAUAGGGUGCGAGUGCAGAUCUGCAUGGCAUGCUGUAUCACAGGUUCCCAUUAGAGAGACAAUGACAGGCCCCCCACUGUGUGUCUCUCUGUGUGCUCUGUCCUACAUUAAUCAGUGGGACCUACGGUAUGGAGGGAGAUAUUAUUGAGCCAGGGAAAAUCACUGCUCAACAUGCACAGCUGCCCCUGCCUAAGCUCAGACAGUCUGCUUAAGAAUUGGAGAAAUUAAAAUGAAAACUACAGGAGGCAAAUGAAAUAUUGAAAUAUUUAGCUAUAGUAAUGUCAUGCAGGAAGGGAAACAUACAGUGAGCUCCAAAAGGAUUGGGACAGUGACAUUUUUAGCUCUGUACUCCAGCACUUUGGAUUUGAAGUGAUAUAAUGACUAUGAGGUUAAAGACUGUCAGCUUUAAUUUGAGGGUAUUUUCAUCCAUAUUGGGUGAACCGUUUAGAAAUUACAGCACUUUUUGUACAUAGUCCCCCCAUUUUAGGGGACCAAAAGUAUUGGGACAAAUUCACUUACUGUAUAUGUGUGUUAAAGUACUCAAAAGUGUAGUAGUUGGUCCCAUAUUCCUAGCACACAAUGAUUACAUGAAGCUAUAUGGUUUGUUUUGGUUGUUUUUCAGAUUAAAAUGAAAUACAAUUGCAUUGGUCACAAGUGCCGAAUACAACAGGUGAAGACUAGAGUGAACAAUGCAGAGCUAAAAAAGGAAGACAAAUAUUUGCUAAAUAAAAAGGAAAUAGUAACACAAUAAAAACAAUGAGGCUGUAUUAUUUUGUGCCCAUUUAGAAAUGAAUAGUAAAUAAUGUAUUGUAUCAUUUUGGAGUCACUUUUAUUGUAAAUAUGUUUCUAAACACUUCUACAUUAAUGUGGAUGCUACAAUGAUUAUGGAUAGUCAAAUCAAAUCAAAUCAAAUUGUAUUUGCCACAUGCGCCGAAUACAACAGGUGUAGACAUUACAGUGAAAGGCUUACUUACAAGUGUUAAGUAAAAAAAAUAAAAGCAAAUAACUAAAGAGAAGCAGUAAAAUAAAAUAACAGUAGGGAGGGUAUAUACAGGGGGGUACCGGUGCAGAGUCAAUGUGCUGGGGCACCGGCUAGUCGACUUAAUUUAGGUAAUAUGUACAUGUGGGUAGAGUUAAAGUGACUAUGCAUAAAUAAUAAACAGAGUAGCAGCAGCAUAAAAGAGGGGGGUGGGGGGGCAGUGCAAAUAGUCUGGGUAGCCAUGAUUAGCUGUUCAGGAGUCUUAUGGCUUGGGGGUAGAAGCUGUUAAGAAGCCUUUUGGACCUAGACUUGGCGCUCCGGGGAAACAUUAUGUGCAGAAUAAAUUACAAAUAACGCAAAAAAACACACAUAAUAGUACAAUUGGUUAGAGGGCUGUAAAACGGCAGCCAUCUUCUCCGGCGCCACUUCUUCUAGUCCUGAAUGAAUCGUGAAUAAUGACGAGUGAGAAAGUUACAGACACACAAAUAUCAUGCUAACCUCUCACCAAUACAAUAAUGGGAGGUUAGCAUUUUCCAAUCAAAUCAAAUGUUGUGUCACAUGCGCCUAAUACAACAGGUGUAGACCUUACCGUGAAAUGCUUACUUACGAGCCCUUAACCAACAAUGCCAAAAAAGUGAGUAUGAAAAAUGUGCUAAAUAAACUAAAGGGAAAAUAGUAACUAAAACAAUAACAAGGCUAUAUACAAGGGGUACCGGUACUGUGUCAAUGUGCAGGGGUACGGGGUAGUUGAGGUAAUUGAGGUAAUAUGUACAUGUAGGUAGGGGUAAAGUGACUAUGCAUAGAUAAUAAAUAGAGAGUAGCAGCACUGUGUCUGAAUAAUGUGAAUGGUACUGUGUGUAUGUGUGUGUUUUGUAUGUGUGUGUGUUGGAGUGUCAGUGUAGUAUCUGUGAGUGUGUGGUUAGAGUCCAGUGCCUGUGCAAGAGAGUGAGUGCAAAAAAUAAGAAUAAAUAAGGGGUCAUUUUGGGGGAUAUGAUAUUUAUCCCUCUAACUUUCUCACUCAUCAUUAUUCACGAUUAAUUCAGGAUUAUCCUUAAUCUUGGUAGCAUCCACAUUAAUGUAGAAGUGUUUAGAAACAUAUUAUAUUCUUUUUUACAAUAAAGGUGACUCCAAAAUGACCCAAUACAUUAUUUACCAUUCAUUUCUAUUGGCCACCAAAUAAUCUGAAACACAACCAACACAGCAAAUGCAUCCAAGAAAUGUGUAGAAUCUCAAGCUUGAUGAAGUCAUUGCGUGCUAUGAAUAUGGAACCAAAUACUUAACUUUGUACUACUUUAAUACAUAUAUAAGUGAAUUUGUCCCGAUACCUUUGGUCCCCUAAAAUGGGGGGACUAUGUACAAAAAGUGCUGUAAUUUCUAAACAGCUCACCCGAUAUGAAUGAAAAUGCCCUCAAAUGAAAGCUGACAGUGUGCACUUUAACCUCAUAGUCAUUGUAUUAUUUCAAAUCCAAAGUGCUGGAGUACAGAGCCAAAACAACAACACAAUUGUCACUGAGUGCACUGUAUUUAUCUUGCAAAGGAGGCAAAUGUAUUUAUUCUAUUUUUUGAACUUUUGUCAUUGUACAUGCCUCAAAUAUGUUCUGUAGAAAUAAUGGUCUGUACAUCUCAAUUUAGGUCCUUAGCUUCUUGAACAAUGACCCCCCUUAAAAUGCCAUUAUUGCUCCCAGGUUAUGGAGUGCAGGCUGUCUAGUAGGCCUAGGUGUUGAUUUUGGACAUCCCAAAUCCUAUCAGCUUUAAACAGUCUAUGUACCUUUGCAGGCAAACAGAAGUAUUAGGCCAAAUCCUGCUGUUUACCCAUGCUGCCAUCAGCUAUCCUGUCUAUUGACAUAAGAUGAACAUUUUCUCUCAAGUAACAUAAAUGUGCUUUUGUCCCCUCGCUACAAAACAUUGAUGGCGACACACAAUAGAACAGAAAAUAUCAAUCUGGGAAGAAAGAGACGUCUUAAGUGGAGCAAUGGCCCAAACGAUUAAGAGAGAGGUACAUGAAAAGAAAAAUUGAAAGGUCUCUUUUUUUUCCUCCCUCACUUUGCAUUGUCGAUUUGAAAUCCCUCGCUUUCUCCUCUUGGAGGGCUGCCUGUAAUGGAGCUAAUCUGCCGUCGUUUGUCCGAGCCACAGGAGUUUUGUCAAUAACAAUCAGCGUUUGGAAAGUGUAAUUAAGGCCGAGGCUUUUCAUUAGGAGGAAGGGAGGGGGCUGUCUCCAGGGAGAGCAGGGCCAAUUAGAAACUCAGGCACGCGUCGCACGCUGGGUAAUUUCACGGAAAGGAGGGAGAAAAAAAACCUAGGACUUCUUUAGAUUGGAGAGGGACCCGAGCGCUCUUUCAGAGGAGGAGAGGCUUAAUGGCAUAAUAAUCAGACAGGGGUCCCAGUCCAGGCAGAACAGGACAGGGAGGAGGACCAUGCGACUUUUUGGGAGGGGGAGGAGGAGAGGGUGAAAGCCUCUGAAAUAAUGAAAACCACACAGGAUGACUGGAGGAGGAAGAGGGAGCAGUAAACAGUGGGACAUAAAGCCCUUGGAUGAAGAAGAGGUUGCAGUAGAUGAGACCUGAUUCUUUAAAGAAAUAAUGAGGCUGUCUAUCCAGGGUGGAGGGUGUGAGACGACAUCCCUUAAUGAGAACAACACAGAAGACGUGGAUUUUACACUCAUUCAUCACAUUGUUUUUAAGCAAUAACACUAAAGCUAAUGGACUUUUUUCCCUUGAGAUCUUUAGCACACAAUGAAAUGCAUUUAAUCUGAGAACAAUUUGAGAAUAGUGACCACACAGUUGACUUUGUCUGCACGGAAUAUUUUCCAGAAAUGUCUGUUUUUUAACCUGGGGUUCCUAGCUUCAUUUAGCGUUGCCUACGCUUCAUUUCUCUUCUCUCCUCUACUUCCUUACGUUCUACUUCUGUAAAAGAGACCUGAUGCCCCUACCUUUUAGACAGGAGGGAAUGGCAAAUCCAUCUUCUGUCACAUAUUCAUCCAAUGAAAAGCCCCCUGAACUCUUACAUGGAGAUAGAUCCAUUAGUCAAGCCCAGGCCCAAAUGAACGUCAACCUAGAUCAGCAUCCAUCCCGGAAAUACUCCUGUUCUCAUAGCUCCCUAAUCACAGACCCGUCCCGCACCUCGCGUGCCCUGCCAAUCAAAAACAUCAAUCUGUUAUUGAACCUUCUUUUUCUCUCAUUUUGAACCCAAGUGUAAAAUUGCUUGAAAACCAACUGAACUCAGUGGCCCUCUUUUUUAUAUGAAGUAAUAGACCUUGACAGUAAGCCUGUAAAAGUCAGUUUCGAUUUUGAUGAGAAAUACCUGCCAUUUUACUGUAAUUUACUUACAGGACCUGACUUUCCCCUCACUGCCCUGGCACAGGUCCUGAAAAGCCAUAAAAUAAAUUGAGACAGAUAAAUAUUGAGAGAAGAAAAUAUUUUUGAUGUUAUUUGUUUAAUACUGUAACCUUUGAAACCAAAUAUGAACCCAGCGUUCUGGUUCGGGGUAUAUAUAAAACCCUCAAAUGCUUGACUGACUGAUUGUAUGAAUAGACAUGAAUAGACAUUUGUCACUGAGGAUCAACCCUUGAGCUACAGUGAGGGAAAAAAGUAUUUGAUCCCCUGCUGAUUUUGUACGUUUGCCCACUGACAAAGACAUGAUCAGUCUAUAAUUUUAAUGGUAGGUUUAUUUGAACAGUGAGAGACAGAAUAACAACAACAAAAAUCCAGAAAAACGCAUGUCAAAAAUGUUAUAAAUUGAUUUGCAUUUUAAUGAGGUAAAUAAGUAUUUGACCCCUCUGCAAAACAUAACUUAGUACUUGGUGGCAAAACCCUUGUUGGCAAUCACAGAGGUCAGAUGUUUCUUGUAGUUGGCCACCAGGUUUGCACACAUCUCAGGAGGGAUUUUGUCCCACUCCUCUUUGCAGAUCUUCUCCAAGUCAUUAAGGUUUCGAGGCUGACGUUUGGAACUCGAACCUUCAGCUCCCUCCACAGAUUUUCUAUGGGAUUAAGGUCUGGAGACUGGCUAGGCUACUCCAGGACCUUAAUGUGCUUCUUCUUGAGCCACUCCUUUGUUGCCUUGGCCGUGUGUUUUGGAUCAUUGUCAUGCUGGAAUACCCAUCCACGACCCAUUUUCAAUGCCCUGGCUGAGGGAAGGAGGUUCUCACCCAAGAUUUGACGGUACAUGGCUCCGUCCAUCGUCCCUUUGAUGCGGUGAAGUUGUCCUGUCCCCUUAGCAGAAAAACACCCACAAAGCAUAAUGGUUCCACCUCCAUGUUUGACGGUGGGGAUGGUGUUCUUGGGGUCAUAGGCAGCAUUCCUCCUCCUCCAAACAUGGCGAGUUGAGUUGAUGCCAAAGAGCUCCAUUUUGGUCUCAUCUGACCACAACACUUUCACCCAGUUCUCCUCUGAAUCAUUCAGAUGUUCAUUGGCAAACUUCAGAUGGGCCUGUAUAUGUGCUUUCUUGAGCAGGGGGACCUUGCGGGCGCUGCAGGAUUUCAGUCCUUCACGGCAUAGUGUGUUACCAAUUGUUUUCUUGGUGACUAUGGUCCCAGCUGCCUUGAGAUCAUUGACAAGAUCCUCCCGUGUAGUUCUGGGCUGAUUCCUCACCGUUCUCAUGAUCAUUGCAACUCCACGAGGUGAGAUCUUGCAUGGAGCCCCAGGCCGAGGGAGAUUGACAGUUUUUUUGUGUUUCUUCCAUUUGCGAAUAAUCGCACCAACUCUUGUCCCCUUCUCACCAAGCUGCUUGGCGAUGGUCUUGUAGCCCAUUCCAGCCUUGUGUAGGUCUACAAUCUUGUCCCUGACAUCCUUGGAGAGCUCUUUGGUCUUGGCCAUGGUGGAGAGUUUGGAAUCUGAUUGAUUGAUUGCUUCUGUGGACAGGUGUCUUUUAUACAGGUAACAAACUGAGAUUAGGAGCACUCCCUUUAAGAGUGUGCUCCUAAUCUCAGCUCGUUACCUGUAUAAAAGACACCUGGGAGCCAGAAAUCUUUCUGAUUGAGAGGGGGUCAAAUACUUAUUUCCCUCAUUAAAAUGCAAAUAACUGUAUAACAGUUUUGACAUGCGUUUUUCUGGAUUAUUUUGUUGUUAUUCUGUCUCUCACUGUUCAAAUAAACCUACCAUUCAAAUGAUAGACUGAUCAUUUCUUUGUCAGUGGGCAAACGUACAAAAUCAGCAGGGGAUCAAAUACUUUUUUCCCUCACUGUAUAAACGUCACUACAGGUUAACCAGUCCAGUAUUUGUUAUAUAUAUAUAUAUAUAUAUUUUGAGGCAGCACAUGAGUUGGCCUGUGCUGCUGUAAUGUGAGUGUAUAAUGAGAGAGUAUGAGUGUGUGUUGUUAGAGCAUGGUCUCGGUUUGUUAGCUUUCAGGUGUGCCUUGUGCAUGUGUCUCACCCCGCCCCCGGUGUGGAGGGAAGGGAAGUGGAGGGGGGUGUAGUGGAGGGAGAAGUCUCCCCCGUCAACAUGAGCAUCCUGUGGGUUAGCCAGGGACCAGGGUCAGCUCUGCAGUGUCUGUCUGGCAGGCAGGCAGCAUACCAUAUACAUCUGCCAACAACGCAAUCAUACUAGGUUUUUAAGUAAUUAUAUCAUGUUCAAUAUCGUGAGGUUUAAUCAAUAUGAUAAAUCUACAGCCCAGAUUCUAGGAGAAUGACAAGCAAAAAAUGCAUUGGAUAAAAUGAAUUUUAAAGGAAGGUUCUUGAGACAUAAGGGGUUUGUAGAAAGGUGCCAAAGUAUUGCAGUUGAUACAGUAUCAUACAGAACCAACCAUAGCAGAGUAACAGCCUAUAGAUACCAGAGACGGCUACUCUGAUUGCCUCCUGUGAACAGAUGGGAAAUAUAUUGGCUUAUUAUUAUGGUCUGGUUGUGCUAUGACAACAGAGACAACAGGAACAGAGACUAUCAUACCUCAUCACUCCCUUUCCCUCACACCUUUAUUUACCCCAAUUCCAGAGAGAUGAGAGGAAUUGGCAUGAUGAUUUCUAAGACAGAUAUAAAGGAGACAUUUCUAAUUAUUUAAUACAUCUCGGGACCCUCCACUUGAUAUGUCCAAUAAUGUUAACAUAAUUGCAUAAGUUGUUAAAGGGGGUUGGAGGGGGAACGCUACUGGAAUAUUAUACAGCUCUCACACUGAAUGAGAGUCAGAGUAGAGAGAGAAGCUGGCUGUGUUGGGAUGGAAUCCCAAUGUGUCUGGGUAUGGCUGUUCAUCUAUAGGUAGGAGAGCUGCUGGACCACUGUGUCUGUAUGCAGUUAGACAGGAUAAUACUGGAUGUUAGUCUAUAUUGAAGUCAUUUAGGUUCAUUUUUCUAAAUGUAGAAGUGUACACAGCGUUGAAUAGAUAACAGUUGAAUAGAUAACAUGGCUUUGUGGUAGAUAUUAACGAACAUAAUCCAAGUUUAAGAAUUAUAAAAUAGUAUUGUGUCUCCAUUGUGCCUCAGAAUGUGUUUCUCUGUUUUUCCAUUAAUGAUGGACAAUGAAUGAGUCUAAUUCAGGACCUUGAGCAGCUAGCUAUUAUUUUGAAACCCUUUAUUGAAAACUUGACUUCAGUAAAAUGUAGGGACACAAGGAGAAUGGCAUCGUAUAUCCUGCCCUUCCUUUCUAUUGCUAAUGCUACAGUACAGGCAGAAACAUCUAUUUUAUUAUGUAGCAAUGAAACCCUUUUUCAUUGUGUUGUACCGGAAUCAGACGCUGUAUUGCUGGACUUGAAUAAUGCAUAAGGCCUCUUGUCUGUACACUAUGUAGUCAACAAUGGCAACAGUGGUAACAACAGGUUUGUGGCUGCCAGAGUAUUAUGUAAAGUGGCCGGGGGGGGGCGUGUGUCUGGCUCUCUCUCCUGUUAUUGAGGCAGCGGGCGGCAGAGGGACACAGGGAAGGGAAGGGGUAUGCAGGCUGGAUGGCUGGCUGCUCCAGGGGCCUGGAGGGGACACGCUCAGAAUUAAUGAGGCCAAUUUAGCGUGGGGGCCAGGGUGGUGUCUGUGAAGGGGUCCAUGAGGAGGACUGGAGGUCUCCUUCUCUCCCUCCCUCCCUCCGGCUCACCUCACCUCAGACACACUACUGUAAUGGAUUGUUGCACAGGAGAUGAUGAACAAAUGCUGAUACCCAAUGUCUGGUCUGCACAAACUGAUUAUAGACUCUAGAAUACUGUGUGAUAUAUAGUAACUAUUGGUUUUAAAUCUACACAGUGACACAAUGACAAUGCCCUAAAAUGUGUAUUGUAUCCAUACUUUUAUGCUUACUUUUAUUCUUCAUGUGUGCCCCCUUUUUUUGUAAAAAGGAGAGAAAAAAGGUCAAAACCUUUAACCUUUUGCUUUUCCUUUGCCUAUGACUCAAUAGGAAGAUACACUGCCUUAUGAAGAGUGAUCAGGUUAAGGCUAACCACAUCUCUUGUUCUCUUCAGGCAACAUAGAAUACAGCUGUCCCGCCACAAACGAGUGCGAGAUCACAAAACGGAGACGCAAGUCAUGUCAAGCCUGCCGCUUUAUGAAGUGUCUCAAAGUGGGGAUGCUCAAGGAAGGUAAGGAGAUCUCCUUUUCUUGUGAAAGUGUCUGUCUGUCCAUUUGUCUUGGUAUCACUCUCUUUAUAUUAUGUCAGCAUUAUUUAAAUGAUCUCAACAUUCUCCAUGGAACGACACCAUUCAUAGAAGAAGGAUGUAAAGACUGGAAACAUCAAACAAGGACUUCUGAGAGGAAGUGGUCUCCUCAAAGCUCCCGGCUGAUCUAACAGCAGUGAGUGGGCCCAUGCCAGUCCAGACCAGUGUGAGGGAUGUUGGCUGCAGCCUGCUGUGCCUGCAGCCACAGCCAGACAACUGA